UUUACUACAAUCCUCAGCGAGUCAGCUAGACGGUUUUCUCCAAAGCGACGUACAUCUCUCAGAGAGACUCACCGCAGGAUGAAGGUCCACAUUCACACAGCGAUGGUAGCCACAGCACUGCUGCUGAGCUUCACACUGGGACUUGAGGACAGCUGCCUGAGAGGUGAACAUCACAAGCCAUCCCCCGGCCCCGAGACCAGCAUGAGAGAGUGCUUGCUCUUCUCCAACUCCUCCUGCUGCUAUGCUAACUUCACAGAGCACCUUGUUUCCCCUGUGACAACAGUGGUAAAAACCAAGUGGAACCUUUGUCAGAAUCUUAGUGACAGCUGUGAGACAUUCAUGAAGAAAAUCGAGUGCUUCUACCAGUGCUCUCCAGAAGCAGCCCACUGGAUGAACCCCAACUACCCUGCUGGCUUACUGCAAGUGCCUGUUUGUGCCAGCUUCUGCAACCACUGGUUCAGUGCUUGCAAAGAUGACCUGACUUGUGCCAAAAACUGGCUCACCGAUUUCAAAUGGGACAAAGACAGCAACCACUGCCAGCACGAGUGUGUACCAUUCAGCAAGAUGUAUACCAAUGGAACAGACCUGUGUCAUUCCAUGUGGGGUCAGUCAUUCAUAGAAAGCUCCUCCAGCUGCAGAUGCUUGCAGAUGGAUGACCAGGACACUGUGGUUCUGCCCUUCAUUCUACAUGCAGAUUCCAAAUCCAGCAACUCAGAAAGCGAUGUGGAGAAAUCUUGCCAAGAGGCACUCCUUGGCCAUAAAAAACUCUCUACUAGUGAGAAGGAGUAAGAGGAGCUACUGUGCCCACUUACAGUCUCAUGGCACUGCAGCUAGUCCACAACCUUGUAACCACCACAUACAGUAUACACAUGUGCUAUAGUGAUACUGAACAGCUAUAUGGGAUUUCUGACAAAGAAAAUAAAAGAAUCUUUUUAAGCACAAUGUGAACAAACAAAUGAAUAAAUGCACUCGGUAGUCAAAAACUCAUUUCCUCAUUCUGCUUU